AUGUUGAAAGGAGGAUCAUUACCUUCACCGAUUAUUACUCCGUUAUCAUCAAGCCCACUUUCAUCGAAAAAUAAAAUUCACACGCAAACUUUUGUUGAAAUUCGAUCAGAUAUUCCAAAUGUAAGAAUUUAUUUUACUGUUGACGGUACAAAACCAGACCCAUUUCAAACAUUUCGAACUGGCUCUAUUUCGACAUAUCUUUACCGUGGAGCAUUUCGUCUUGGAUCAGGACGACGUGUAGUAAAAGCAAUUGCUGUUACGCAAAAUGGAUUACGUGAAAGUAAUAUAAUUACGAAAUUUCUUGAUGUAAACGAUAAAUAUUCGGAAAAUUAUGAUGAUAGUCCUAAUGAAUAUUCGGAUAAUGAUCAAAGUUUAGCAGAUCAAUAUCAAUCAAAUCAGUGUAAAAAUGAUCUGGACCGAUCUAAAUGGGAGGACGAUUUUCAUCUCCAAAGUAAUAUUGAAGGUCCAAUUUGGCCUGUGAAUUAUGCUGGUACGCAAAUUGAUCAUUCGUGCACACCCGAACAGGAUUGGAUCGAACCGAAUCGGAAUUCUCAGUAUGACUAUAUGAGAGAACAGAUGGUUGAACGUUUACCGCCACCGCCUCCACCGCCAGUACUACCACCGCCAAAUCGUAUUAUAGACGUAACCUAUGAAGAAGAAAAUUUUUGGGAUCGAAAAAUAAAACCAUUGAGUCCUGGAAAUGGAAAUUGGAAAAAAACACUUGACCAUAUUUUCUUAAAUGUUUAUAAUUAUGUCAAAGAUGAACGAGAACUACGUGAAAUUUUUGGUUGGAAAACCUUUGGACGAAUUGAAACAAUUCGUCUUAUAGACAAAGGUAGUACUUAUCAAGUAUUAGCAACCUUUAAAAAACCUCUUGGUGAACAAACGCCCUAUGAAGAACCGCCACUACUACUACCAGUGCCUAAUAGAAAACGUUCUUCCAAGCAUCGAUCUAAAAAACGAACACGAACACCACCUGGUGUCGAAGACGAAAGGCCUAGUCGACAUAAUCAUUCCUUAAAACUACAGGAUACCGAUGAAGAAAGAUCAACACGACAUAAUCGUUCAUUAAGACAACCGGACAUUGAUGAAGAAAAAUCGAUUCGAUCUAAUCAUUCAUUUAGGCCGCCCAUUCGUCACGAAGAAUCUAUUCGUGAAGAAGAACGACAAACACCAAGAAUAUAUACUGAAGAAAUAGUGCAACAGGGAACGCUUAUUCCAUAUCCUCAUUUUAAUGUUCAACAAGAUUGUGAAAAUCUUCGUAAAUCAAUGAAAGGUCUUGGAACAGAUGAAGACAUGCUUAUACACAUACUCGGCAAUCGUAGUCAUGAUCAACGUGUAAACAUUCGCGAUACAUACAAAAGCAUGUUUGGAAAAGAUUUAGAGAGAGAUGUAAAAGGAGAUACAUCAGGAAAUUUUUGUAAACUUUUAAGAAGUCUUCUCUAUGCUCCAGUUGAAUAUGAUUGUCAUGAAUUAUAUCGAGCUAUUAAAGGAUUGGGUACAAGUGAAGAAGCGCUAAUUGAAAUCUUAGCUAGUCGAUCAAACAAACGUCUACGAGAUAUUAAUAAUUUAUAUCCUAAACUGUUUAAGCAGUCGCUUGAAGAAAAUAUUGUAAAUGAUACAAGUGGCUAUUUUAAAAAGUUGUUAGUUGCACUCGUACAAGGUCAACGUCCAGAAUCGAAUCGAAUCAAUGAACAGGAAGUUAACAAAGACGCUAAAGAAUUAUAUGACUCUGGUGAAAAUAAAUGGGGAACUGAUGAAUCGAAAUUUAUUCAAAUUCUUUGCAAUCGAAGUGAUGUACAAUUAAAAGCUAUUUUCGAAGCUUAUCAUCAAUUUAGUAAGAGAGACAUUGAAGCAGACAUUAAAUCUGAAACAAGCGGAAGUUUACGUAAUGGUUUGCUAGCAAUAGUUGGUGUUAUGCGCAAUCGACCAGGUUUCUUUGUAUCUCAAUUGAAAAAAGCACUUAAGGGUGCGGGUACGAAUGAAGAUGAAUUAAAUCGUGUAAUUAUAUCUCGUUGUGAAGUUGAUAUGAUUCAAAUAAAAGAAGAAUAUGAAAAUACAAUGAAACGCUCGCUAGAAGAUCAUGUUCAGAGUGAUACAAGUGGAGAUUAUCGAAAAGUUCUUCUUGAACUAUUAAAAUCUCCAAAUCAGAGAACUCAAAAACCUGGAAAGAAAAAAUAUGAAGAUGAAAAUUUAUCUGAUUAUGAACAACCUGAAAUUUAUGAAGAAGAGAUUGUUCAACAAGGAACAAUGACAGCAGCAAAAAAUUUCGAUGCCAUUCGUGACGCUGAUGCAUUACGGAAAGCAAUGAAAGGAGCUGGUACCGAUGAGAAAACGAUCAUAAGUAUUUUGGGUAAUCGUGAUACAAGCCAACGAUUAGAAAUAAAAGCUGCAUUCAAAAAUAAACAUAACCGUGAUUUAGUUGCGGAUUUGAAGUCUGAAACGUCGGGAAAUUUCUCUAAACUCCUUGAAAAAUUAUUGUUAGACCCAGUUGAACUUGAUUGUUCAGAAUUAAAACAAGUUGUGAAAGGUGUUGGCACCGAUGAAGAAGCAAUGAUUGAAAUUUUAGCAAGCCGCAGUAAUAAAAGAAUAAGAUCAAUUAAUGAAACAUAUAGUAAAAUGUUUGGAAAAACAUUAGAAAAAGAUGUUAAAUCCGAUACAAGCGGAGACUUUCGUCGUCUACUAGUAUCACUUAUGCAAGGACAUCGUCCUGAAACAACGAAAGUUAAUGCUGAUCGAGCUAAACAAGAUGCCCAAUCAUUAAUUGAUGCCAGUUCUGAUAAAUUUGGAACAGAUAAAGCAAAAUUUAAUGAAUUAUUUUGUAACAGAAGUGAUUCUGAAUUGAAAGCUAUAUUUAAUCAAUUUGCUGAACUAACUGGAAAAUCGAUUGAGGAAAUUGUUAAAAAAGAAACAAGCGGUGACAUUCAAAAAGGUAUUUUAGCUAUUAUACGGUGCAUACGAAGUCGUCCACAUUUUUUUGCGGAACAAUUACAGAAAGCUAUGAAAGGUUUUGGUACCAAAGAAGCAACGUUGAAUCGAAUAAUAAUAACACGUUCAGAAAUUGAUCUUGUUCAAAUUAAAGUCGCAUAUAAACAUCUAUACAAUUGUGAAUUAGAACGUGAUAUUAGUGCAGAUACAAGUGGAGAUUAUAAAAAAUUACUUUUAGAAAUAUUCAAAGAUCCGUCGCAACGUAAUUAA